AUGAACAAGGUCGGCACGCUGACGCGCGAGGCGCUCGCGCAGAUCCGGACCAUCAGCAACUGCCCCAUAAACAUCGAGAGCCGCGGCGCCAAGGCCAACCAGCGGAAGAGGGCGCUGGUGGCGCGCCUGCUGACGUCGAGCGACAGCAUCAACGCAGACGGCUGCAGGCACGACAAGCGCUGCGAGGACCUCGCCACCGCGUUUGGGGCGCUGGCGAGCAACCAGCUCGCGCGCACGGUUUUCAAUAUGGUCGCUGCCAGCUCUCGUGCGCGCUGGGUUGCGUACGAGCAGCGCGUGGGGGCUGAGGCAGGUCUGACAGCUUAG